UUAAGCUGUGAAUUUUUGUUUCUUUUCCACGUCCCCUGAAUGGUGUCUGUUUUCUUGGUUUCAGACACCUUAUCAUCUUCAAAGAUGGGGAAUGUAAAAGAAGAAGAGAUGCCUCGUUCAGAACCUGUUUCAUUGCUUGUAGAAAUGGACCAUAAUUCUGGUAAAGGUCCAGCAAGUAACGAAACAAAACAACCUGAAAGUCAUUUGUCGGUAAUUAAAGGACAAGGAGACAGUAGAACAGAAUGUGCAGAUAUAACUUCGUCAGUUGAAAUUGAGACAGAUCAUCAGGGUAGACUGAUGAAUGAAUCGAGGACUGGGGGAACUCAUGACAAUUCUGAUGAAGAACCCUCUCAAAGUACUGGCUCCAAUCCAAUGGUUGGAGAUUCUAAAAAUGACCAUUUAGAACCAGCUAGACUUUCUGAUGGACAACAAUCUCAAGAAGCCAAUUCUGUUGUUAAUUCGCUUAUUAAUAACGACAAUCGCAAGCUUUUGCCUUCUCUUUCCGCCCAUGAAUUGAAAACGAGUGGGCUUACCUUGCCCCUUUUUGAUGCUAGGUCCUCUCCUGAUGGUUCUCCUGUUAUGCUUGAUGGCGCCAUCAAUGACUCUAAGACAGGAGAUGCUAAAAAUGAGGAUCAUGUAUCCCAAAUCGCUGAUCUCACUCCGCAUCAUCGAAAGAUGAUCAGAUCUGCUAAAUCUUUUAGCCCUUCACAGAAAAAGCAAGUAGAUUUAAAAAGAGAUCUUUUAGCACCUUUUGAAUCAGUUAAAGAAGCUGUUUCCAAGUUUGGAGGAAUCGUUGAUUGGAAAGCUCAUAGAAAUCGAACUUUGGAGAGAAGCAAGCUUGUAGAACAAAUGUUUGUGAGAGUACAGAAAGAGAAGCCUGAAUAUAAGAAACGACCAGAGGAUGCUGAAGAGGAAAAAAUGAAUGUAUUAAAGGAGCUCGACAGCACAAAGAGACAAACAGAAAAGCUCAAGCUGCACUUGGAGAGAGCACAAACUGAAGAGAAUCAGGCAAAGCAAGACUAUGAACUAGCCAAGUUUAGAGUGGAUGAGAUGGAACACGGGAUUGGAGAUGAGGCUAGUGUUGCAGCAAGGGCACAGCUUGAGGUUGCUAAAUCCAGGCAUGCAGCUGCAGUUUCGGAACUGAAAUUCGUUAAAGAAAAGUUAGAAACAUUAAAUAAGGAAUAUGCUUUUUUGAUGAAUGAAAGAGAUACCGCGGUUAAGAAAGCUGAAGAGGUUGUUUCUGCUUCAAAGGAGGUUGAGAAAAUGGUGGAAGAAUUGACUAUUGAGUUGAUUGCCACAAGGGAGAUCUUAGAGUCUGCACAUGCUGCCCAUGUGGAAGCAGAAGAGAAAAGGAUUAGAGUAACCCUGGCCCGAGACCAAGAUACUAAGCAUUGGGAGAAGGAACUAAAACAGGUUGAGGAGGAGCUUCAGAGACUCAAUCAACAAAUUUAUUCAGCAAAGGAUCUGAAAUCAAAGAUAGACUUUGCUUCAGCCCUGCUCCUUGAUUUAAAAGCUGAGUUAGCUUCUUAUAAGUCACAGACAUCAAAGACGACAACUCACAUUGAUGUACACGCUUUCGUUGCCUCAUUACAGAAGGAACUUGAAGACGCCAAGGUCAAUAUAGAAAAAGCAAGUGCAGAAGUGGAUUGUUUGAAGGUGGCUACCAUUUCAUUAAAAUUAGAGCUUGACAGGAAUAAGUCUGAGCUUGCCAACAGUAAGCAGAGAGAACACAUGGCUUCGAGUGCAGUUGCUCUUUCGGAGGCUGAGCUGGCAACAGUAACACGAGUGGCUGAUGAGGCUAAGUCACUUGCUGAAAUAGCCCGUGAAGAUUUGCACAAAGCAGAAGAAGAAGCAGCGCAAGUAAAGGCGGGAGCAAGUGCUAUGGAGAGUCGAUUACUUGCAGCUGAAAAAGAGAUAGAGGCCGCCAAGGCUUCGGAAAAGUUAGCUUUAGCUGCAAUCGAAGCAUUUGAAAAGAGCGAAUCAACUAAAAGCAUUGAUAAUGUGGAUUCACCACCUGGUGUAACACUUUCCACAGAGGAGUACUAUAACCUCGGUGAACGUGCAAAUGAGGCAAAGGAAGAAGCCAAGUUGAGGGUGGAAGCUGUUGUAUCUCAAGUUGAGGUAGCUAAGCAAUCAGAGUCAAUAAGCUUGGAAAGGUUGGAAGAAGUAAGCCGAGAGAUGGCUGUAAGAAAGGAAGCACUAAAAGUUGCUAUGGUGAAGGCUGAGAAGGCCAGGGAAAGGAAGUUUGGUAUUGAGCAAGAAUGGAGAAAGUGGAGGGGUGAACCAAAGGCUACUGAAUUGAGUCAAGGGGAAAACCCUCCAAGGCCAAGUUCUGAAGGAAAGAAAGAAACCAAAAACUUUAAACCCAAUGCUUUAGCAAGCUCCAAGCCAUGUAAGCAGGGGAACACCACAGAAACCGAAUCACUCCCCAAACCCAAGCUUAGAAAGAAAAAGAAGUCAUUAUUGCCCAAGAUUUUCACCUUUUUUUCCUGGAAGAAGUCACACUCAAGUGCAUCCAAGUCCCACGUAAGUCGUAAAUGAAGUGUCGUGUUAUACGGUACCUAUUGUUGUGAUUUUACCUCCCUCUUUCCUGGGUUAUCGUAGUCAUUGAGAACAUCUUUUUGAUGUACGAUAAAGUUGACAACAUUUUUUUGCAUACUGGGAAGGGUUGUAUCAUGUAUGGCUGAAGGAUUUGGACUCUGGAGUGAGUAAGGGAGAUGGUUCUGUGUAGGCUUUUGAGACACUUGUAAAAGCGAUGUUUGUUACGAGGAUAGAAUUUGAUUUGUUCUUCACAGUAUGCUUAUUUUAAGAAAUUUCUAACCUAGUCCUUCCGAAAACAAAAUUUUAAAGAAACUAGUAGAUUUGGGCCCUUGAACUGCAAUCCGAUGCAAAAAUCUUGAAUAAAAUCUAGAGCGGGGCCCUAAUACUAUGUUCUGUAUUUUCUUAAAAAUAUUUU